GCUUUGGAGCAGAUCUGAUUGCCAUGGAGGUUCAAUGGAACGGGGUUCAAGCCCUGAGGCUGCACCCCCCUCACACAGCCACCAGCCUGAUCUUCUGUUUGCUGCUGGGAGUCUGGUCUGCUCAGGCCCUGGAGAUGUCUGUAGGGAAGAUCCCCUUCCUGGAGGCAGUGAACGGCAGCACGGUCAUGCUGCCCUGUAUCUACUCCAGCUGCAUCGGCAUCAAGAAUCUUUACUUCAACUGGCAAUUCAAUGACAACGGCACCAUGCAGAGGGUGUGUGAGUCUGUGAUUGCAUCGGAGGAGGUGGUGCCUGAUGUGAGUAUAUACCGAGACCGGGUGGAGUUUGUGGGCAAGAAUCAUGAGCACAACAUCUCCAUCCUGCUGUGGAACAUCACCUUCGAGGACCAGGGCCAGUACACCUGCUUCGGACGCAACCCCAAAGAGAAGGGCAAGAACCACAGUGCCAUCUUCACCCUCUAUGUAGUGGACGAGUUGCGGGUGGUGGACAACACCCUGACCAUCAUGAUAGCCUCUGCAGUGGGUGGAGCCAUCGCGCUGUUAAUGGGUUUCAUGCUGCUCAAGAACUUCACUCUCUUCGUUCUUGCCAAGCUUGAAGAGAACAAUAAGGAGUGCCUUGUAACUUCGUCAGGGAUCGACAACACAGAAAAUGGCCUCUCAGGAUCCAAAGCUGAUACAAAAUCGACACCAAAAAAGAAAUGA